AAAGGGCUGGAAAUGGGACGAACACCCAGUGGCAUUUGUUUAAGCCUUUUAAUAUUUCAAGUUUUGAUAUAAGGAAUUACGAAUAGCAUGCGGAAUACCUCCAAUAUUCAGAAAUUUUCUUGAUGCUCGUUGCCGAUAUUGUUGUUGAAUUCACGACUACAUUUGUCGACUUGUUCCUUUUUUUACAUGUUGGCUGAUGCUUUGUUUUUCGUCAACAUUGAUUGGACCAUUUCACAGUGGUUGUUGGCCGGCUAUUGGUUUUCUGCGCGCAAUGGCAAGAGUUCAUGUAGCCCAUGGUUCAUUUUGACAAAUUCUGUGGUUUGGUGAUUUAUGGAUCACUUUGCGAGACGCGAAGGUAAAUCAAAACAUGCAAGGCGAAAGCGUCCAGUUCAACUGCUCUGAAUUCAAAUUACACCGGGCCACACAAAGUGAUAUCAAAAUAGCAAUGAAUUUACGAAGCUCCAACAAAAUCUUGGUUCAAGCAGCCAUAAUUCUUUUCUUCUUUUGGGUUGUUGCUUUGAUUCUUUUGACAAGACCAUUGUUGAAUUCACCUCAAAGUGACCUAAGCGAUGAUGUGCUUCAACGACUUUCAAGAGCUGUGAAUGAGCUUGAAAGUCUAAAGGUGCGGAAUCAAGAACUUCAGUGGAUUCUGACAAACUUCAGCCAUGAGGCACAGUCAGGAAAAAUAAAAGAAGAUGUUGUUGAAAGAUUGAGAUCUACACUGGAGAACAAGAUCAGGGUACCCAUUAGUUUUGGGGGUCUUGAAAAAAAGUUGAUUGACGGACCUAGUAAAGAGUAUGAAGUCAGACGUCGAGAAAUCUAUAGAGGUGUUCAAGAAGUCUGGUAUUUUGUGCAACAAGAAAUGGAAAAAUUGAAAAAAAGGGGGCAUGACCAAAGUGCACCUGAAUUAGCAAAUUUGAUUCAAGAAAUUGUGACCUCAGGGAAAGAGCAUGAAAUAGUCCUUUUAAAUGACCUACAAGAGCUUAGCAGCAUGGAAGGUCAUGAUUCCUGGAGAGCUGCAGAGUCGCGUGCCUUGUCCGACUUGGUUCAGAGACGUUUACAUUACCUUCAAAACCCAGUUGACUGUUCCAAGGCAAGGAAAUUAGUCUGUAAUCUUAACAAGAGUUGUGGGUAUGGCUGCCAAAUCCACCAUGCCGCGUAUUGUUUCAUUAUGGCAUAUGCCACUAAAAGAACUCUAAUAUUGAAUUCCAAGAAAUGGCGAUAUCAUCGUGGCGGAUGGGAAAAAGUUUUUUUGCCCCUUAGUGACACUUGCACUGAUCCUUCUGGUUUGGACAGGAGUAAUUGGCCAGGAACCAAUGACACUCAGGUGAUUGAAUUGCCUAUAGUUGAUAUGUUGUCUCCUCGGCCUGCAUUCUUGCCAUUAGCCAUUCCCCGAGAUUUAUCGGAUCGAAUGAUUCGCCUACAUGGUGAUCCGCAAGUGUGGUGGAUUGGCCAGUUUAUGAAGUACCUGUUGAGAUAUCAGCCCGAGACUCAAAAGAUGUUAGAUCAAGCAAAAGAAAAAAUGAAUUUUAAGAUGCCUGUAGUUGGGGUCCAUGUCCGACGAACUGAUAAGGUUGGAACUGAGGCCGCAUUUCAUUCCAUUGACGAGUAUAUGUUAUUCGUGGCUGAUUUUUUUAAUAAGCUGGAAAUGAAAGAUAAAGUUGCUGUACGGCGGGUGUACUUAGCUUCCGAUGAUCCAUCAGUUAUUCCAGAAGCAAAGAAAAAGUAUCCCGAUUACGAAUUUCUUGGUGACGUGUCCAUAGCUAAAGGUGCUGCCGUGGCAACCCGCUACACGGAUUCGUCCCUACGCGGCAUUCUUAUAGAUAUUCACAUGCUUGCCCACAGCGACCAUCUUGUGUGCACUUUUUCUUCACAAGUUUGUCGAUUAGCUUAUGAGAUAAUGCAAACGCUUCAUCCAGAUGCGUCAAGCAAAUUCAAGUCGUUGGAUGAUAUUUAUUAUUACGGUGGCCAAGGACCUCAUCAGCAAAUAGCAAUCUACUCGCACAAGGCACAUCGUACUGGCGAGAUUUCCAUGGAAAUAGGAGACGUAUUAGGAAUAGCUGGUAACCACUGGGACGGCUAUUCGAAGGGUAUCAAUGAGCGAACCAAGCAAUCAGGACUAUAUCCUUCUUUCAAAGCAGUGGACAAGUACAACAUCGUUGAUUUCCCCGUUUACAGCGAGGUUGCCGUGGCUGCAUGAGAUAUGUCUGUCUGCCUUAGGUUAAUAAGAUUUUGUUGAAUAACGUGCGUCGAAUUCCAUCAGAUUUGUAAACCAGAUUGAAAUGUGCAACAGUCACAAUCACCAAGGUAAUUUAAGUUUGGUUUCUAGCGCUUUCCAUCCACAGCUUCAGUGCUGCCGGUUACAUACCUCUUGCACAGCUUCUAAGAAAUUCGGAAUUAUAAUUGACAUUGCACAGUGCAUUUCUUGUACAGGGUGCUAUUCUACUGAAUAUAUAUCCACAAGAUUUAA